AUGGGAGACGGGGCCGGACGCCUUUCGAUUUCCGCCAGAUCCUUUCCCAGAGUGCUGCCUCCGUUGCCUGAGGAGCCGAAGUCCUCCGAGGCACAGCGUGAGCGAGGCUUCCGGCGUGAUGGCCGGGCAGGCGUGGAAGGCGAAGAUACGGAGAACCGGCCACCGCGAAUGAAUGUCGGGGAGAGUGCCAUCGAGAAGGCUUUGGAGGAUGUGCAAACGGCUUUGAAGGCCACGGAGAACUUGCGCCUUCGCGGACGCAUGUCACACCGUGGACUCCGUGCACCGACACACCGACCUCUCACGGACCGGAGUGGCGGAAAUGGUGGAAACGAGACAGAGAGAUCCUGCGAGGGCUUCGCGGCUCAGGAGGACAAAGCAAAGCAUGAGGAUGCAAGAAGCUGGCUACGCCAGCCGAAGAUCGUAAGUCGCGACCGCGACCCAGGAAGGCGCCGCGCCAGCACGGGCUCUAUGUCCCAGGUUGUCACCACACACAGUUCCCUUAGGCCCAGGCUAGCGCUAGCCGCCUCGGAAGCCUUGGCGCAGGCGCGGCGGCUGCAGAAGGAGCGCGUGCGGGCCGAAGAGAGGUCCCGUCGUUUCUCGCUGAGCAUCUCCGACCGGCUGCGAAGUGCUGGAUUCUCGGAGCUUAAAAGAGGCAACAGGCCGCUGUGGGAAGAGCUGCGAGGUUUGCAGAUGACGCUGUCUGAGCUGUGCCGAUGGCUGCGGAAUUCGCGCGGGCCCGCAGCGCUGCGGUCCCCGCUGUGCAGUGCAGUUUUUUCUUCUGACAAUUCGUUGCAAAGUGCAAGAACGGCAUCGCUCUCUCCCAAAAAGUUCGAAAAGCGAGGCGCAGCACAUGCAAAUCACAAGCGCGCAUCACGGCGGUGUCAUUACGGCGGUUCCAGUUCGCCUCAAGCUGCAGGGCUGCGGCGUGGGGGGGCCGGGCUGGAGGGCAGAGCCCAGGCAGCCCAGGCAGCCCGCAGGGGGCCUGGGAGGGUUUCGGCUCCGCCAUGGAGCAGUGGACCAGCGGUGCUGGCCUAG